GGGCCGCGCUCUCCACCUGCCGGUGGCCUCCGGAGCUGCAGGCGGGGCCGGGCGCUGCAGUGCGGAGAAAAGGCGAGGAUGGAGAGAGUGGGCGGCUGAGGGAGAGGCGGCCCGGAACCGUGGACCGGCAGCGAGAGCGGCGAGGCCGGGGACGGGGCAGCGGCCCGGGAGCAGUAGGCGGUGGUAAAUGGACCAACUGGAAUGGAGUCUCUGUGAGGUCUGGCUGAUUGACCAAUGCAGUGCCUAGCAGCUCCUGCACAGGAAGAGGCAAAGAUGAGUGGGGGAGGGGAGCAGGUCGAUAUCUUGCCCGUGGGCUUUGUUGUCAAAGACCGCUGGAAGGUGCUGAAGAAGAUUGGUGGAGGUGGAUUUGGGGAGAUUUAUGAGGCAACAGAUUUGUUAAUCCGAGAGAAUGUUGCUCUGAAAGUGGAGUCUGCUCAGCAGCCCAAGCAGGUGCUAAAGAUGGAGGUGGCAGUCCUAAAGAAACUCCAAGGGAAGGACCACGUGUGCAGGUUUAUCGGCUGUGGGCGGAAUGAGAAGUUUAAUUAUGUGGUGAUGCAGUUACAGGGCCGUAAUCUCGCUGACUUGCGUCGUAGCCAGCCGAGAGGGACAUUCACGAUGAGCACCACCCUGCGACUGGGCAAACAGAUCCUUCAGUCCAUCGAAGCUAUCCAUUCUGUUGGCUUUCUGCAUCGUGACAUCAAACCGUCCAACUUUGCAAUGGGCCGAUUGCCAUCCACCUACAGGAAGUGCUAUAUGUUGGACUUUGGUCUGGCACGACAGUACACCAGUACGAAUGGAGAGGUCCGGCCCCCUCGCGCUGUCGCUGGAUUCCGAGGAACCGUUCGCUACGCAUCAGUCAAUGCUCACAAAAACCGAGAGAUGGGUCGACAUGAUGAUCUCUGGUCACUGUUCUACAUGUUGGUGGAGUUUGCAGUUGGUCAGCUACCUUGGAGAAAAAUCAAGGAUAAGGAGCAGGUCGGCCUGAUUAAGGAGAAGUAUGAUCACCGGAUGCUGCUGAAGCACAUGCCGUCUGAGUUCCACAGCUUCCUGGAUCAUGUCUCCACGUUAGAUUAUUUCACCAAACCAGAUUACCAGCUGAUCAUGUCUAUCUUGGAGAACAGCAGUAAAGAGCGGAACAUCACAGAGAACGAGGCCUUUGACUGGGAGAAAGGUGGCACUGAUAUUUUACUGUCGACCAGCACACCCACUCAGGCCCAGCUCCAUACCAAGCAGACAGCUGCAAUGUUUGGGGUGAUCAAUGUGACACCGGUCCCAGGUGACGUGCUCCGGGAGAACACCGAUGAUGUCCUACAGGAUGAGCAUCUGAGUGACCAGGAGAACGCUCCCCCAAUCUUACCCAGCAAACCAGCCGACAUGACUGCAGUGCCACCAAACCUGGUCUUUGAGACAGAGGUCUGGGAUGAGACCGAUAUCAACCGCAACAAACUGCGUAUCAGCAUCAGCAAGACCCAGUGUGUGUUGGAUGAAGAGGUGAGCAGAGGUCCGUGUCCUAGCUCCCCUGGACCUGAGCGACCUUCCCUGAGAUAUCGGCGAGUUAAUAGCCCUGAGUCGGACAGGCUUUCCACAGCAGAUGCUCGGGGAGACGGUGUGGAGAAACGACAGCGUCCUAGCAACAGGAGUAAUCUGUUCACCCAGAAUGUCUCCCCUCUGUUCAGUCGGUUCAGUAAGCCCCAGGAUUUAGCCCACCUCACAGCCCAGGGGGUGCAACACAGGGGUUUGAGAGUGGCACAGGUGCUGACCUGUAGAGCUGAUGAGCUGGACAAUGUGCCAGUGGCUGUGAUUGGUGACCUCCCUUGCCCUACACGGCUAAGGUCUCUGCCCAUUGGUCAGGCUGUUCCUGCUCGAGACACGGACAGUGAGAGAGAUCUUGUUGAUCGCCCGCGGCGUGUAGAUUUCUCCCGAGUGGUCCUCACAGCUACAUUCGAGCUGGAGUCAGAGAAGCCCAACCAAGAGGAGGAAGUGGAGGAGGAGAGUGCAGUUGUGAGGGAGCAGCAGGAAGAAGGAAAGCAGCUGAGUGAAUCGAGCAGCGAGCAGAGUGAGAAGAGCUCAGAGUACAGUCAGGAAGCCGCUCCGUCCACACUGCUGGCAGAUGACCAGAGGGAAGGUCAGUGUCGGCUCUUGGGGCAAGAUGGAGAGCAGGAACUGGAGGAGGGUUCCAAAACCCUGGUACUGUUCUCGCCGGGCGACCUGCACAAAUCACCCACAGCAGGGGAGCUGGCACCUGACCCUGACCUCGGUACGUUGGCUGCUGUGACACCCCAAAGUGAGAGGCCUCAGGCACUGGGCAGUCAGCUGGAUGUCUCUGAACCAGGAACGCUGUCGUCCAUCAUCAAGUCAGAGGCGAAGCCAGUCUGCCCUGUGGUUGCCACGGUGACCUCCUGCCCCUUCACCAAGGUUGAGCGCACCUUCCUGCACAUUGCUGAGAAGACCCACUUGAACAUUAUGUCUUCCAGUGGGCACCUCCUCUCUCAUGAUCAUUAUGAGUUCUUCCAGCCUCGAGAACCACAGAAUGGCAGCUGCUGUAAGGAGCAGCAACAGCCUACAGCUCCCAGCCCGAUUCAACCCCAAGGCAGGGAGACACCUGUCCAGAAUGGGGUAGGGACAGGAGAGGGCUCGCAGGAGCCUGAACCUCUCGGCCGAAUAGUGUCCAGGCACUUCCCUGAGAUGGAGACCAGGCAGACAGGGGAGGGAGAAAGAAGCAAGCCCCUGCCUGGAGACGUCCAUCUGAGCACAGUAGUCAGCUCCCGAAGGAAAAGUCGGAUUCCAGUGCUGAUGUCAGAGGAGGAUACAGGAUCAGAGCAUUCAGCGUCAAUCUCCUUCCAGACAAAACUGAGCCACAGGAGGUCCAGGCACCUCGAUUUAGCUCGUGCACUGAUGAGCAAGAGACAGUGCAGGCUAAUACAUCUUUCCUCACUCACUUCUUCCUCGGCUUCCUCAGGGGAGGAACCAAGAGCAGCCUCAGGGAGUUCACCAGCAACAGCCUCUGAAGAGGACACCAACUCUGACAGUUCCCUCAACAGAGCGGCCAAGGGGAGCGAGGCCUUCUCCCAGCCUAGCAGGCACAGCCAAACACUGAGCAACAAGAGCAAGAUCCCACGGCCUAUCACCCUGGGGAAGGCAGGCACCACCUCCACCCACAGCACCAUCUUCAAACAGUCAGCUACCCUCAGGAUUGCAGUGAGGAAUGGGUCUGCGAUUCCUGGCCCUCUUCCUGAGCCUGAUGUCUGGGUGAAGCAAGAGCCUGUCCAGCCCCUCCUGAUCCCAGGGUCCCACCAGGUCUCUGUGUACAGUGCUCAACUGAGCCUGGGCCCAGGCCCUCCCGCCCCGUCCCGCAGCCUGAGUGCCUCUCCCCGGAUUCGGACAUUCAGCAGGACUGACAGCCCAUCACCGUGCCGACGUCGGAGGCUCAGCACAGCUUUGUCAGGGAGUAGUGUGAGGGCCCAGGCUCACACGCAGCCUGGGCCCAGUGUUCACCAUAACAGAGCCCGAAGCCAGGCUCCUGCGACCAAAGUCAGGCCACUGGCUGCUGUAGGCCAGCAGGCUGCAAGAUAGGGGACAGCCGUCUCAACCCAGGCACUGGUGGGCGUCAGGUUACACAGCAUCAUCCCACAGCAAUCAGCAUGGAAUCCUCCAACACAGCAGCUCCACACCCCCGCCCCACACC